AUGCCUUCUGGAAGGCCUAAGCGUACUUCAGCUCCACCUAAACGGAAGCUCACAACACUUUCAGCAUCGAAAAAAGGAAAAGGAAAAGCUAAAGAGAAUGAUACAUCUUAUGAUGGAGAUGAAUACAUGGAAGAUGAUCAAUCCUUGGGAGUAGAAGCAUACGAGCAAUACUUUGAAGAAGAUGAUAACGAAGAGCCUGAUUUCAUCGAAUCUUGGAGGCAAAUCGGUUCUGAGCAUAGAAGAAAACAAGCCGCUCAACAACCAGAACGCAAAGAUGAUGAUGAAGGAGAUAUGGAAGAAGACAGAUUUCAAGAGCUGGCUCACGCUCUCGCUGAUGCAAACACCAAGUCAUCAAUGUCAGACGUAGCAGUGAGAUGGGGAACUGCUUUACAUGCAGAUGAAGAUGCAGAUGAGGAGAUGGACGAAUUGGCUUUCGAGCAGGAUUUGCGAAGUGCUACUGGUUUCAAGAGCAAGAAAGGACGAGAGACGGACGCCUUUGGACGAAGAAAGCGAGUUGCACCACGACAACAAGCCGUAUCAGCAGAAGCAAAAAGUUUAUUAGCACAGGCGAAUAUGGCAUUCGCUGAAGAUGAUAUACCUGAAACGCUCAGUAAGCUACAAGAAGUCAUUCGAAUUGAGCCAACUAUACGAUCGGCAUGGGGAACGAUGGCCGUUUGCUUUGCAGCUCUUAAUCAGCCUGAUAAAGAAAUUCAAUCACGUAUCAUGGAAGCACAUUUGACAAGCAAUGCUUUGACACAAUGGAGUACUUUGGCAGAACAAAGCAGAGAGAUGGGACUUAGAGAGGAAACUCUUCAUUGCUUGGAAAAGGCUAUCAGAUCAAGUCGAGAGGAAGAUCGAGCAGACGUGAUGGAUAUGAUGUGGGAACGGGCUGAACUAUUGGUAGACAAACGUGAAAUAAAAAAGGCUGCUCGGCAAUACCUAAGCAUUCUAGAAUUUCAUCCAACGCAUAGCGAAACUAUUCGUCGAGUCGUUCCUCUCUUGCACCAACUUGGAAUGUCAGAUCGAGCAAUUUCUAUCUUACAAAUUUGCGCUGAUAUCGAUAUGAAAGCUUAUCCUGAUCCUCGACUGGCGGGAACAGAUCCAAGUGAGCGAGCCACAUACAGUUCUGAUCAUAUUGCAACUCUUGUGGAUUUAUUGAUCUUGGCAAAUCGCCCGCAGGAUGCAUUGGAUACCAUUCGAAAAGGUGCACGUUGGCUCCAGGGCAGGGCAGGAGAGACUUUUUGGGACGAUAUUCAAGAGGAUGAUCGAGAAUAUGAUGUAGACCGUUCAGGCAAUCAUCGCAGGGGUGACCUUGGUAGGCGAGUCAAUAUGGCUCCCAUCUAUCCUUUGGAUAUAGAAUUUCGAAUUCGAUUGGGUACAGCGCGUGCUCGUAUGGGCAAUGUUGAGGAAGCUCGAAAUCAUUACAAUAUAUGGCCCCAAGGGUUGGAUGAUGAAGAGAAUGAAAAUGUUCAGGCUGAAAGGACGGAUCUGCUCGAGGAGACCUUGCAAUACGCCGAGAUGCUCAGCGCAGAACGGCAAAAAUUCAACAGCGAAGAUUACGGAUUUGAUGAUGAAGACUUUGAUGAAUCCAUCGUAGAACAGAUGGCGCAAGAUUACAGACGAGUCGCAGAUUGUCUGAUGGGAUUAGAGCAAUUUGUAGAAGCGGUCGCGUGGCUGGAAGAAGUUGUCAAAUCAGGCCAUUACACUUUGGAAGCAAAAUUACGUUUAGCAGAGGCAUACGAAGCUUCGGGCAGACGUGAUGAUGCGAUUAAAAUGGUCAGUGAAGUAUUGAGAGAGAGAAGAAAUCAACAGCCACCAGAUGGUCAACAAGAUUAUGAACGAGACGAAAAUUCUCAGGAUCCGGACGAUACCGUUUUGCAAUCCCUCUCUUUGUUUACAGAAGCGUCAAAGAAUCGCGGUGCGGGAGCGUCGGGACGAGAUAAAGAAAGAAGACAAGCGUUUCAGAUGGAGCAAAUUCGUGAGAAUGAAACUGUUGAAGCUUUCAAUCGCAUUAGAUCUCUCGAGAAAAGCGUUUUCGUUGAUCGAUGGUGGCAUCCAGAUGUACCUUUUACGGGCGAUAUCCAUGAGCAAAUUUAUGGUAACUUUGAGAAUGCAUCAGAAAGGAAGGAACGUUUUGAACGUAUCUCAGAGUGGACUGCUGAAAUGGAGGGAUUGAUCAGGAUGUUCUCUGAUACUCCACAAUUGUUUCCAAAGGACAAAAACAAGCUAUUUGGGGGGAUGUUUAGAAGUCAAUACAAACGUAAAGAUCGAUUGUAUAGAGAAGCACGGGCUUUGCUGUCCAGAAUGGGCGAUUCAAUGAUCGAUGAAAAUUUAGCGGCGAACAAUGUUGAGCAAACUCAUUUCCGAGGUAUUGCUCUAGAUGACUGGGUCGAUUUGACGAUGCAAUACGCCUUUGUCCUCACCAAGCUUCAUCAAUUCGCAUUGGCGCGCAAAGUUUUGCGUAGAGUAUCUCAUUCGAACGUCGUAUGGGCAAUUCACCAACGUCGUCAGUCAUUGAGCUUAUGCUAUGCUUCUUGCGCAUUGUAUGCUGGCAAGUAUCAUGCAGUAUUCUCUGAAGCGGCAUUACGCUACCUUCCAUUCAUCUAUCAAUUUCACACAGAAGCUUUACGAGCAAUGCUUGUUGUCAGCAAUUCUUCCGGCUUUGCGGGUCAUGAAGCAUUGCAAACAGCAAACAAUAUCAAGUUCUUUCUUCGUCGAAGUCGUAUUCACGAAUCUAUGGUACAAGAUGCUCGGAUCAUGUUCAACAAGAGCAAGAAAAGAUGGAUCGUUCGCGACUCAUUAUUUGAUCGUACAGGACGUGGUGGGCCAGACGAGGAGGAAGCAGACGGAGAAGACAAUUUUGGCCAAGACACAGUGAACAACACACGAAUGGAAGAUGACGAUUUGAACGAAAGUGAUUCUGAAGUUGACGAACAAAGCAGAGCAGGACGCAGAGAACAAGCCGAUCUUGGUCUUCAAUCUCGAAAAGUGUUUGAUAAGCCGAAGAUUGCCUGGGAGAAUGUUAAAGAUGAUCCCGGUAUGGAUGCAUCUAUUCACAAGCCUCCGACACGUUACAAUCCUGCGAAUGAAUUGUUCUAUGCUGGUCUAUUGCUCACGUCAAGUAACGGUAUUCCUUCUAUGGCGUAUUGUUUGCGUACUUAUGCUCAUUUUCCGAAUGAUGCUUUGGUCUGUUUGGCAUGUGCGGUUGCUUGUUUAGGAAGAGCUGCCAAUAGACAGGUAGACAAUCGCAAUCAGGUGGUGAUGCAGGCAUAUGCUUUCUUGCAUCAUUAUCGAGAGAUACGCAAAAAAGAAGGCCAGAUCAAAAUGGAAGAAUCGAAUUCUGUCUUCAAAGAAGGCAUGAAUGUAUACGAACCUGAGAUUGAGUACAAUUUCGGUCGUGUUGCCCAUCAAUUAGGACUCAAUCAACUCGCUGUACCGCACUACAAUAGUGUUUUGAGACCUCACAAAGAUUUUGCUUUUGGCAAGAAAUCAGGAGAUGACCAAAUGUCAAUCGACGCAAUUCCGUCUUCUUCGGAUAGGCAAGACUUCGAUUGCACGGCAGAAGCAGCUUUCAACCUACACUUGAUCUAUCUCACUUCAGGUAAUCCACGUUUGGCCAAUGCCAUCGUCGAGCGCUACUUGCGCGUCUGA